AUGGCUGUCAUCAAAUUCAGCAUCUUACUUGGUCUCUUUGCCUUUUCAGCCAAAGUGAUUGCCACACCUCCUGCCUGUCUGCUUGCAGCUGUCAACGCUGAGAAGGACCCUUCGGACCUUGACACCAUUUGUGGCGACAAUGCUUCGAAAGUCCAGCAAGCGAUCGCCUCGAUCUGCGGUAACAAUGUGGAUGUGGCUCAAUCUGCAUUUUCGAGCACCUGCGCUGGCGCCGGCAAAACCGUUUCAUCCUACUCUGCCUCUGCAACGUCCUCCGCCACGUCCUCCGCCUCCGGUAAUGGGACCGCGAUUAUGACCUACACUACCGAGUCCUAUGAUUCCUCUUGCUCUUGCACCAGGACGGCCGUCAUGACCACCGCUGCCGCUACAAACAGCUCCGGAAUGACAUUCAGCUACCGAGCUACUGGUACUCCAGGGGCCUCGGGCUCUGCUGGUGCUGCUGGCUCUGCAUCUGCAACCGGAGCAUCGCUCCCUCAAUCCACUGGGGGUGCAUCCAGCCAGGGCGUUGGAAGUCUGGCCGCUGCUGUCAUUGCUGUUGCUGGUGUCGUUGCGGUCUUGUAA